GUUUCUCUUCCGCUUGUAUUAUUAUUGUUUUAUGUUUCGGUCGACAGUUACCGACUAGAAACGUUUUAUCUGCAUCUGGUGCUGAAGACAGAGUCAGACUAUGAUGAUUGAUAUCAAAGCGUGGGCAGAAUACGUGGUAGAGUGGGCAGCCAAAGACCCGUAUGGCUUUCUCACCACAGUUAUCCUGGCUUUGACACCUCUAUUUAUCGCCAGUGCCCUUUUGUCCUGGAAACUCGCCAAGAUGAUAGAGGCCAAGGACCGUGAGCAGAAGAAAAAACAGAAGCGACAAGAGAACAUCGCAAAAGCGAAGAGAGCCAAGAAGGAUUAAG